AUGGACCCCUCUGCCCAGUCCUCCCCCUCCCCCCUCCCUGGGGAUGCUAGUCUCUCUGAUUCAGACUCACAGGCGCAGCUCAUCCAGCGCUCUGUGUCUAAUGCGAUUCUACAGGCUAUGGGUUCCAUGUCCACAGUCUUAUCACAGACCAUCUCCCAGGCCCUGUCUGCACACCCCCUAGCUGGGGCCAGACUUGCUCCCCCUGAGAUUGCGCAGCACUCUUUUGCUGCUGAACCUCCUGUUGGACAGGAGACAAUGACCGGUGUGUUGAUGACCACCCCAGACGACGCGCUGAGGUCGCGUAAGAGGGCUUGUCCCCGCCAGGCUGAUAAAUCGCGGGUGUGGAAACACGCUAGAGCCCUAGCGGAUGCCGUCUCUGACUCGGAUCUGGGUUCGGGCCCGGAGGUUCCGGCAGAGGCUACUGAUUUUUCUGAGGAGGAUGACUCCCCUCUGGGGUCCGACCCUAUUGCCACUCCCCCUGCUGUGCCUUUAACUAAGGAUUCCUCCUCUGCCUCUGCUGACAAUUUCCCUUUGGAUUCCUCCGGGGCUCCCAUGUUUGAUCCUGAGGCCCUCCACCACCCUAGAUCGGCGGAGUGGCUCCCCGAUACACAAAUUAGCAGUUACCUGGAGCAUUGGGCCCGCCGUCCUCUGUCCAAGGAGGCGCGCAGUAAGCUGCGGGCCGAGUGCCCUCGGCCCAUUAUACCCCAUAAGGUCUGCGACACGCCCGUUGUGGAUCCGAAGAUGACCCAAUUUUUGUCCAAGUCUGGGUGGAAUGCCAAGAGGGGCUUAGACUCAGCCCUUAGAGGAUGCCAGGACAAACUCCUGGACAUUUUCGGUCCACUGGCAAAAAUUAUGGAAUUGGCGGAGUCCGCCAGACAGGAGGGUUCCCACAUUGACCCUGAGGAGCUCACGGGCUGGGCCCAGCGGGCGAUUUGCAUCGCCGGGGGAGCCAAUGCAUCCCUGUCAGUGGAAAGGCGCAAGGCCAUCCUGCUUAGGAUAGACCCCAAGCUCAUAAAUCUUGCCCAGACGGAGACGGGCAAAGAGGCGGAAGGCCUGCUUUUUGGGGACUCCUUUAUAAAGGACCUCAGCCGCUUCGUCGGCACUUUUUCCGCUCUGGACAAGGCGCAGGCUACCAUGCGCAAAGUCUUCCAGGGCCGGGUCUCUCACAGGGCCGGCAGCAACAGGGGCCGUCUGUCCGGCCGCUCCAGCACCCGAGGCAGGGGUGUAUCCAGAGGCUCCUUCUCCCAGCGAGCUGCGUUUCAAGACCAGCGGUCUCCCCAGACGUUCUUCCCAUCCAGAGGGGGACAAUGGCGCUCCCGUUCCUUCCGAGGAAACACGGCUCCCCGCAAGUCAUUCGGUUGAGUCUUCCUGCCCUGGAAUGUUCCUGUUCUGGACGUUGUUUUCCUCCAGCUCCUGCUUCUACCACGUUGGAUUUGCUGAGAGUCUUGGAUGAUGGUUUCCAGUCCUUCCCCUGAAGUGGAUCCUGUCGCUGGAAAGUUCCUGCUUGGAUUCCGUGGGUCUCUUUGGCGCGGAUCGUUCUUUGAGUGUUCCGGAGUUGUUCGUUCAUCGGUUAUUAUGGACUGGUUCGCAGAGAAAGAGGAAGUACCACCUUGGACGCAGCCUUAUAUUGGGGCUGUAGGGGUGGGACGUAUGGGUUACUAUGGUGACCAUUUGCAUUUGUUUUUUGUUUCUCCUUGCUGCUAUGGUGAUCA